GAUUAUUAAUUGCGAUGACGUCGAAGAACCAUUUCACGUAUAAAUCGUUUCACAAAUGUCGUGAUGAUUCAGUCAUAAUUAAAAAUGUAUCGAGAUACGUUCGUCGUAGUGGCCCUGAUCGCUCUAGGGGCCUAUUCUACCUUAGGUUUUGUUGAAAGAGAUUUCUUGGAGGAUUAUCUGCAACCGUUGGAUGUCGGAAUAAGGAAUCGUACCUACGAUAAUUUCAUCGACGAUGAUAAACUUUGCUCUCGAGACUGUACCAAGUACCCUGAACCUCGUACUUGUUACUAUAAAUUUGUCGCCGAACAAUACCACGCGAUGGGACCAGCCUGUAAGAAUUGUCCUAUGACUCGAGAAGAUUGCUUUAGUCCUCAAUGCGUUCAAGCUGAUGGUAUCGAACGAACGGUGUUAACGUUCAACAGAUUACUAGAUGGUCCAUCCCUUCAUGUUUGUUACGGUGAUCGUAUCAUUGUCGACGUUCACAACAAAAUGCCUGCCAGAGAAGUAUCAGUUCACUGGCACGGAGAACUUCAACCAAAAUCCCCUUGGAUGGAUGGAGUUCCUCAUGUAACGCAGUGUCCUAUCGAUGGUAAUACCUGGUUCAGAUAUGAUUUCAUCGCCGCCACUCCUGGAUCUCAUUUUUACCAUUCUCAUUCCGGACUUCAGUUAUUCGAUGGUUUAUCUGGUUGUCUCAUUGUACGUACGAGUAAAGAAGUAGAUCCUUUAAGGAAUCAAUACGAUUACGAUUUAUUCUCGCACACGAUACAAAUUCAAGAUUGGUUGCACGUCUUGAUGGAUGAUAAAUUCCCAGGAUACAACAAGAAUAAAACCAUGAUCACGGUUAAACCUGAUUCUUAUUUAAUUAAUGGAAUGGGUGGAUAUCAGAAUCCGGUUACUUUACAAUGGACUGGCACCCCAUUCGCCGAAUUCUUCGUCAAACCGAAUAAAAAAUACAGAUUUCGUAUUGUUUCAACCUCAUCGACUACGUGCUCGUUUCAGUUCACUAUUGAAGGACACGCUAUGACAUUAAUCGCCACCGAUGGGUACCCAAUCCUGCCCGUGAAUGUUAGAUCUCUUUAUAUGGCCGGAGGAGAUGUAUACGAUGUAGUGAUUACCACCAAUCAAACCCCUAGACCUUACUGGAUGCGAGUUCAAGGAGUUGAAGGAGACUGCGCUGUAGCAUUUCAGCAAGCUGUUUUACAAUACGAAGGUAGUGGGCAAAUGUUACCCCCUACGCCGAAUACGGAGGCUUUGUUCAAUUCUUUAUCCUACAUACCUGAAUUGAAUAAUAUGAGAAAACCAUGUCAUGAAAACGCCGAUAACGUAUGCUUGGAUGAAUUACGAUCAUUGUACAAAGCUCCGGCAAGAUUACUGGGAGAACCUUAUAAACAGUAUGUUUACCAUAUCGGAGGGCACAUGUUUACUCCGGAAGAGUUAUAUUUGAGUGGCACUUAUCAUACUCACUAUCUUCCAGUAUCCGGACCUGGUGUGACACCUGGGGGUGGUAUGUUUUCAGAUACAAUAAACAACAAAACCAACGUGUUUCCACCUUUUGCACUAUUCGGCGAACCGUAUAAUCCUUUGAUCGAAAAGCUGAAAUGCCCUGAUAAAUGUGAUCCAUGGUGCGAAUGCAUGCAUUUGAUAAAACUACCGUAUAAUGAAGUUUUUGAAAUGGUUUUCAUCGAUGGAAUAUCGAAUGAUUUCAUAAAGAUGGAUCAUCCGUUCCAUAUCCACGGACAUCAUUUCAGUGUAAUGAAACUUGGCACUAAAGAUGACCUCAACAAACCAAAUCCUUUUGCAAUUAAUCCUGAAAAUGAAUAUCCUCUUAUCAAAGAUACGCUUCCUGUACCACCGGCUGGGUUUGCUGUGGCCAGAUUUGUUGCCGAUAAUCCGGGCUUUUGGGUCCUCCAUUGCCAUUUCCAAAAUCAUAACAUGGCUGGUAUGGUAGUCAUUAUACAGGUCGGGGAACCGAACGAAAUGAUUCCUGUACCCGAAGGUUGGCCCAAAUGUGGUAAUUAUCUCCCCCCGGUUCGUAUAAAUUGAAUUGUGAUAUCUGAGGAAACUAAAAUACAUCGGAUGGUGUCGUCUUGAAUUA